UGGCUAUAGCAGGUCGGGAGCCCCCAGCUCCAGCUCUCCUGCUCCUCCCGUGUUGCCAUGGCCGGCAUCCUCUUCGAGGACAUCUUCGACGUGAAUGACAUCGACCCCGAGGGCAAGAAGUUAGACAGGGUCUCCCGACUGCAUUGUGAGAGCGAGUCUUUCAAGAUGGAUUUGAUCCUGGUUGUGAACAUACAGAUCUACCCUGUCGAUCUUGGUGACAAAUUCCGCCUUGUGAUUCCCAGCACCUUGUAUGAAGACGGGACCUUGGAUGAUGGAGAAUAUAACCCAACUGAUGACAGGCCAUCCAGGGCAGACCAGUUUGAGUAUGUGAUGUAUGGGAAAGUGUACAGGAUCGAGGGAGAUGAGACGUCCACAGAGGCCGCCACGCGCCUCUCUGCCUACGUGUCCUACGGUGGGCUGCUGCUGAGGCUCCAGGGAGAUGCCAACAAUCUGCAUGGCUUUGAAGUAGACUCCAGGGUUUAUCUCCUGAUGAAGAAACUGGCCUUCUAGCCACCUUGGGAGCUGUCAUGGCAGCAGCGUGGACUCAGUGUGGGGCAGCGUGGGCAUUUGCUGCCCUCCAAGUACAUGGAGGGAAUCUUGCUGGCGUGUUAAAAGAAGCAUCUCUCCCCAGCUCCUCUUCCUCCUCACAUCCCCCCAGCCAAGCCUCUGCAUCAACAGCCUCAAGGAAGAUCAUCUUUCUUCGGAUUCCGCCAGGACUGCAGUGUGAAAAUGUAUCCCAAAUGUCCCCUUGGUGGCAGCAGGCAGAGUGCCAGGCCGACUGAGAACAUCCUCUACAACUGGGAGGUUGAAAGGGCUACAUUUUGUGCUCCAGAU